AUGCAGAGCCUGAGUAGAGUCGCCCAUGUCGCUAUUUUAGCGUGCUUCAGCCUGAUGUUUAUCACAAAGGGAGUGAGCACGUUAGUAAGCAAAAAUGGGCUGAGCAACUAUUCGUUUCCGGACAAAUUCAUGUUCGGAGUCGCGACGGCUGCAUUUCAAAUUGAAGGAGCUUGGAAUGAAGAUGGCAAAGGUGAAAGUAUGUGGGACACUUACUUACACAAGCAUCCGAAUUUCACAGUGGAUCAUACGAACGGUGAUCUAGCCACCGAUUCUUAUCACAAAUAUAAGCAAGAUAUAAUAAUGCUGCAAUCCCUCGGAGUCAAAUAUUACAGAAUGUCAAUAUCAUGGCCAAGAAUCCUGCCAAACGGGACCGACCAUUACAUAAACAAAGCAGGUGUCAGAUACUAUCGUAAAAUUUUCCAAGAGCUCAUAAAAGCCAAAAUUACUCCAGUAGUCACACUUUUCCACUGGGACUUGCCUACAGCACUUAUGGACCUAGGUGGGUGGACCAACCCAAAGAUGGUGGAUUAUUUUGAGGAUUACGCAAGAGUAGUGUUUAGCUUGUUCGGAGAUAUGGUCAAAACUUGGACAACGAUGAACGAGCUUCACGUACACUGCUAUAACGGUUACGAUCUUAAUGCUUUUGUUCCUGCAAUGCAAUCACAUGGAAUUGGAGUUUAUUUGUGCUCGCAUUAUAUGCUCUUGGGACAUGCUAGAGCUUACCAUUUAUAUGACAAGGAAUUUCGGCCUAAGCAGAAAGGUAAAAUUGGAUUAACCCUUGAUGUGUUCUAUGCCGAACCUAAGGAUAGCAACAAUAAGGAAGAUGUAGAAGCUGCUGAACGAUAUCUUCAGAUGCAUUUGGGACUUUACGCUCAUCCAGUUUAUUCUAAAGAAGGAGACUAUCCAGCAUUGGUGCGAGAAAGAAUUGAUAAUAUGAGUCGAACUCAAGGUUACCCACGGUCCCGCCUGCCAGUGUUCACACCCGAAGAGGUUGAAAUGGUGCGUGGAACAUCAGACUUUUUUGGGAUUAACCACUAUACUACUGUAUUGGCAUCUGCAUCUUCAAUGGAACCGGGCUGGCUAGUUCCUUCACUUGACCACGACGCGGGCGUUAAGUCAGAACAAGAUCCGAAAUGGCCGAUUCCCGGAGCGUUUUGGCUAGCCGUAUACCCACCGGGAUUGCGAAAAAUCGUCAACUGGAUAACUAACAAUUAUGGAACUAGAGUACCUAUUAUUAUAACGGAAAAUGGAGUAUGCGACUCUGGUGGGCUCAACGAUUAUGAACGAGUAUCUUAUUAUAAUAAAUAUCUUUACCAAUUGUUGCUCGCCAUGCACGAGGAUGGAUGUAGAGUUGAGGGAUAUUUUGCCUGGACGCUUAUGGACGACUUCGAAUGGUCUGAUGGAUACACAGUUAAGUUUGGUCUUUUCCACGUGGAUUUCAAUCAUCCAGAAAGGAAGAGAACGCCAAAGUUGUCAGCUCUCAACUACAGAGAGAUUCUGCGGACGAGGCGUAUCAACUUUAACUAUAUAAAGAUGCCAUCAUAUAAAUAUAAUAACUUAUAACAUAGGUUUACACGAUAGGUU